AUGAGUCUAAUAAACGUCAAAUCGCUGCCCAAAUGGUACGGACACAACGAUUUCAUACUUAACAGCUAUCGAUCGCCAAACCAAUCGUUCAAAGUAUGCCUCCAAUCAGUGUUUCGUCUCCACAACGAAAGUGGAAACAUUAGCACUCAUAUCAUGGGUUUCCUAUUGUUUGCCAUACUAUUCAUCCAUACAAUGGCCUGCAAUUCGUUCAAAAAGUUUGAUUCAACCGACAAACUAAUAUUCAGCGUAUACUUCGUGGCCAUUCUUACCUGUUAUACGAUGUCAUCGUUGUUUCAUACAUUUCAAUGCCAUUCGCGACAAGCGUUCAAAUUCUUUGCUAAGUAUUUAUGUCAAUGA